AUGAGUAAAACACAGCUUGGUUCAUCAACCUCUAGUGUCAAAUCAAGCGACUCUGCUGGGUUACCACAACCAUUCACCCAAGACUCCGCUAAUAACGUUCAACAACAACAACAACAACAACAACAACAACAACAACAAAACGGGCAAUUACCAGAGGAUCUCGAGGACCAAUCAUCUGCCCUUUCACACCGGGGACACUUUAAAGAAUCGGAUGCUGGGGAUGGUACGUUGCGUGAAGACCAAUACAUACACGGCACGCGUUUAGUUCUAUGCUUUGUCUCAUUAUUCCUUUGCUUAUUCUUGUUUGCAUUGGACCAAACCAUUGUUGCUACGAUUUUAUCUACAGUGGGAAAUAAAUUCGACGCAUUCGAAAAUGUUGGAUGGCUAUCUUCCGGGUUUUUGUUAACCAUGGCAGUUUUUAUUCAACCUUAUGGAAAAUUGUCUAUUAUAUUUGGUAGAAAAUGGUCUAUGGUGGUUGCUGUUGUCAUCUUUGAAGCCGGAUCGCUAAUGUGUGCAUUGGCUCCGUCAAUGAAUGUUUUGAUCGGGGGCAGAGUUCUUGCUGGUAUUGGAGGAGCUGGUAUACAGGGGUUGACAUUUGUUAUCGUGUCAGAGGUUGUGCCCAUAAACAAAAGACCCCUUGGUAUGACUAUCUUAUCAGUGACGUUUGCGGUUGCGUCUGUUUUGGGACCAUUAAUUGGUGGUGCAUUCACCACGCAUGUUACCUGGAGAUGGUCAUUUUACAUCAAUUUACCCGUUGGUGGUUUUGCAUUGGCGGUGUUUUUGUAUUCCUUCCGUCCUCCAUUUCCAAAAGUGAACAUUUGGGAAGAGUUGAAACUGUUUGAUUACAUCGGAACCUUUUUUUUCAUUUCAGGGAGUGUGAUUUUCUUGUUAGCAAUCACUUUUGGCUCGUCCGAUUUCUCAUGGGAUUCCGGAGCCGUAAUUUCCUGUUUCAUAAUCGGCCCAGUAUUGCUAAUAAUUUUUGCUGUUUGGAAUUUCCGGUUUUCCAAAAAUCAAAUCAUUGGCACUGAUGUUAUCACCACACCUCAAAUUAUUGCAUCAGCGCUUUCAAUUUCUGGAGUCUUUUCCGCAUUCAUUGUUACUAUGAUUUAUGCUUCUGUAUACUUUCAAGUCAUUCGUGAUUCGAGUGCAAUGGGCGCUGGUUUGCAUUUGCUUCCGUGCAUUAUUGCUGUUGUGAUAUCUUCAAUACUUUCGGGAGGAACGAUUCAAAAGUUCCUAUUUGUUAAACCCUGGGGUGUAUUUUCUGGAGUAAUGGCUCCAUUAGGUGCGGGAUUAUUGACGCUAUUACGCGUUGACUCGUCAUUUUCAAAACAAGUGGGUUUGUUAAUAAUCAUGGGUGUUGGUACCGGCUCGCAAUUUCAACCAGCAAUGCUUUCUGCUCAAAUCAAAGCCCCAAAGACUCCAGGUGGUACUAUUAUGACAACCAUUUUUGUCAAUGCUGCCAGGUGUUUGUCAUCAGCAAUUGCUGCUACAUUGUCCGAUGCAGUUUACACGUCAAGUUUAAAGAAUUUUUUCAAAAGUGAAAUUCCAAAAGCCAGCUCUGAGAUCCAAAAGACUUUGCAAACAAUUGAUAUAUCUAGUCUAAUGUCAUCAAACACUAUCUUAAAAACUUUGGACCCAUCCACCGAAAGAUUCAUCAAGGAACAAAUGAUGAAAUCUAUUAUCAAUGUUUUUUACAUGUGUAUUGGUUUCGCUGCCAUUUCUACAUUAGCAUGUCCUUUCAUUACCAAUAAGAAAUUACCUGACAUGAAACAGAUUGCCCAGAAGGAAAAGAAAAAGGACGAAAUAGUACAAGGGGAUGGAACUGAUGUUGAGAAAGAGGCGCAAUUGAAAGAACUCGACAUUGAAUCAUCAGAUUCAACACAGCAGGCCUCACCUAACGAAGAGGAUAAUGUUGAAACAAAAUAG